AUGGUCGCCGCGGCCACAGCCGCUGCCGCCGCCAUCGUUUCCAAAAUGGACUCCGCGCAUGAGGCAAAGCGCCGCGUGCCCGGCCUACAGGGCCCGGCGGAGUGCGGGGCACGGGCCGGGGCCGGGGAUGGGCGCGAACCGGGCGGCCGGGCCCGGCGGCCGCGUGUCACCGUGGACAGCUCCAAGGCCAAGACGUCGCUGGAGGCGUUGAAGAUCAGCCUGAGGCAGCUGCGCUGGAAGGAGUUUCCAUGCGGCAGACGUUUGCCGUGUGAUAUCUAUUGGCACGGGGUGUCGUUUCACGAUAAUGACAUAUUCUCAGGUCAAGUCAACAAGUUUCCAGGCAUGACAGAGAUGGUACGCAAAAUUACACUGAGUCGGGCAGUGCGAACAAUGCAGUAUCUAUUUCCUCUUGAAUAUAACUUCUAUCCGCGAUCCUGGAUUCUGCCAGAUGAAUCUUCCUUCUUUGAGAAAGAGAUUCGUAUGAUGAAAGACAGGGAUCCAUCCUGGAAGCCCACUUUUAUUGUAAAACCUGAUGGAGGUUGCCAGGGGGAUGGAAUCUACCUCAUUAAAGACCCUAGUGACAUCAGACUGACAGGAGGCCUACAGAGCAGGCCAGCUGUGGUCCAGGAAUAUAUUUGCAAACCACUGCUUGUUGACAAACUGAAAUUUGAUAUUCGUCUGUAUGUCUUACUGAAAUCUUUAGAACCCUUAGAGAUUUAUAUAGCCAAAGAUGGACUUUCUAGAUUUUGUACAGAGCCCUAUCAAGAACCCACUCUCAAAAACUUGCACCAGGUUUUUAUGCACUUAACCAACUAUUCAUUAAAUAUUCAUAGUGGGAACUUCAUCCAUUCUGACAAUGCAAACACUGGCAGCAAGAGGACUUUUUCAAGCAUUCUGUGCAGACUGUCUUCCAAAGGAGUCGAUGUCAAAAAAGUGUGGUCAGAUAUAAUUUCACUGGUGAUUAAAACAAUUAUUGCCCUAACACCAGAACUAAAAGUUUACUAUCAGUCUGACAUACCAUCAGGAAAGCCUGGGCCAACUUGCUUUCAGGUGGGUUGGAAUUUUUGCUAACAAUGUUAUUUAUAUUUUAUAUGUAUGGAUUAAUUUUAU